CAUUAAGAUGCAACUUAGCUAAGAUGCAUCUUAUCGAAGAACAGGUGUUAGGGGCUGUUCUUAGAUAAGACGCGUCUUAGCUAAAUUUCAAAUGAAAUGUGCUGUUUAUACGGGAUAGUUUGAGUCUUAUUUAGGAUGCGUCCUAUGUAAGAGGCGUCUUAUAUUUCCUCGUUUAAACGGCCCUCUUACUGUGAAAACGUUUUAUAGGCUGCAAUCCUUUUUUUAACUACAAGCUCAAAAUCUCAAGGCUCAAAUUCGCUUUAAAUUCGUGUCCUAAAAAGUGAUCUACAAGUACACACUAGCAUCUAAUCUUAAAUCAUUCACAAACACUAGUUCCCUUUAACUGUAUCCAUAAUGACCGGCUUUCAACGCAGUCUCUGAUUUGUACACCAUCUUUUAACAAGUCAAGAUUUGAUGCCAGAGAAAAAUCUUAGUGCAAACGUCUGGUUCUAUAUUAAAUUUGUUCAGAAACAGAAGAAUGUUUUCAUGUGAGAGGACAGUUCAUUAUCCUCACUGUAUUUUUUGGCACACCAAUAUGGCUGCUCUCUCAUUGUUGGUACUAACACCAUUAUAGUUGUUGUAACAUGAUGUGAAAAAAAUGCUGCUGUUUAUUUCUGAAGAGGAUAUCAAACAAUUUUCAUCAGGAAGCAUUAACCAUAAUAAUUUAGUAACAGUGUCAGAUUUUUGCAGGCAUAGCAUUUUUAAAAAAGUUGAAACAGUUGGCCCAAUUUUUUCAAGUUUCAGUCUAUGUUCAUAAACGUUAUUGAACUGCAGCAUAUCAGCACACAUGUACUCUGUGUUCAAAUUUAUUGAACUAAAUUAUUUGAUGAUUUUCUGUUAGGUGGUGCAUACUAUUUGAUAUCAAGAAGUCUUGGUCCUGAGUUUGGCGGUUCCAUUGGUUUAAUCUUCUCAGUGGCAAACGCUGUAGCUGUUGCAUUGUACGUUGUUGGAUUUGCCGAAACUGUCAAAGAUCUGAUUAAAGAACAUGGCGGCGGUGUUGAAGUGAUUGGCGAACUAAAUAUCAUCCGCAUUGUCGGUAUUGGUACUGUGAUACUCUUGCUCUGCGUCACCUUAGUUGGCUUAGAGUGGGUUGUACGCACACAGAUGUUUCUUCUUUGCAUACUUUUGGUCUCUAUUGUCGAUGUUAUUAUUGGUACCUUCAUAGGACCACUGAAUGAGAAAAGUGAAGCUAGAGGCUUUGUCGGGUUGAGUCUCAAUCUUUUCAAGGAGAACUUUGGGCCAGCGUACCGAGAAGGUGAAAAUUUUUUCUCUGUAUUUGCAGUCUUCUUUCCAGCUGCAACUGGUAUCUUGGCUGGGGUGAACAUCUCUGGUGAUCUGAAGGAUGCGCAGAAGGGAAUUCCCAAGGGAACCCUGUGGGCCAUAAUCAUCAGUACAAUUGUAUAUGUUGCUCUUGAUUGGUUGGCUUUAGCCUGCGUAUUGCGAGAUGCAUCAGGUAUAAUUGUGCUUGCUAAUCAGACUAUAGCAAACGUUACCAGUACCCCAGCACAACACUGCUCGGUAGACUUCAGCUGUGAAUAUGGACUAAUGAAUGAUUACCAGGUAUGUUACUUUGUAUGCUCGAAAAAUGAUUACAAUAUUUAUGAAAAAUGUUGUUCUCUUAGGUGUCCAUCGCAAUAUUUGUACAGUCUUAGGAAUUCAAAUGACAAUCUUUUACUUAGUUAUCCUAGUUUCAUAUCCAAAGCAACACUUGGUGAUAGGUCCUUCAUAUUUAAUAUUUAGAUCUUACUUUGUUCACUGACCGUCAUGCACAUUUGAGCGUUUUUAUGGAUACUAGGCCCAUUUGCAUGAUGGCGUCAUUUUACUGCUACAAUCUGAAUACUUUUUGUUUUAGUCCUUUCAAAAAUUAAAACUGGUAAUCCUAGUGAGGAAUAAAUAACAGAAGCCACAAUUUGCACAAGAAAGCAAAACCUUGAAGGAUUCUAGUUGUAGUAGUAGAGUGAUGUCAUUGUGCAAAUGGCUUAUUGGGCACUAAAAAUGUAUUAUUAUUUUUAUUAAAACCCACUGAAAGGUUACUGAUGCGUGUUCUUGUAAGUGAGUGAGGGGCAGGCAGAGGCUGGUGUGGACCUACUAAAGUACAAAUAAUAAAAAUUAAAAUAAAUAAAAAAAUAAAAAUAGCAUAUAGACAUCAAAUAAAAACUAUUUACAAAAUUCAAUUAAGAUGGAGCUAAAUUAAAAAAUAUUAAAACUAGAACACAAUAAUAUUAUUUCAUUAAUUAAUUUUAAAAUAGAUCUAAAAAUAUAUUAAAAAUGGAUAAAAUCCUUUGAUUUCAUUGUAAUUACCGAUGCUUUUUUGUUGAAAGAAAAGGCCUCCAAGUUAGCUUUGAUUAAUUUUUUUUUGUUCUUCAGAUCAGACUGACCUCCCCUGCUACCUUUUCUUAUUAUCUCUCUAGGUUAUGGAGAAAAUUGCAGCUUGGGGACCAAUUGUUACAGGGGGAAUCUUUGCUGCAACAUUGUCCUCUGCCUUGGCUAGUUUAGUUGGUGCACCAAAAACAUUUCAAGCACUUUGUAAGGAUAAUAUCUUUCCUGGAAUGCAUUAUUUUGGUGUUGGGGUAAGUAAUCAUGUAAGAAAAUACCACUAGGUAGCCUUUGAUGGCCUGCCAAUAAAAUUAAUCUUCUUGUGAUGUUUGAGUUUUGUUAGAGUUUUGGUGUCCAUAAAAUAAUGUUGACAUUCCACAUGUUCUGUUUUUUUAACCAACCAAAGGAUGCAGUGAAUGUAGUUUAGACUCACAAACAACCACGGGGUGCAGUAAAUGUAGUUUAGACUGUCACCAAGUCUUUCUUGGUUAAUGGAAACCGAAAUUGUGUUCAGGUUUAAGUUUUUUGCCCUCUGAAAACAGGCUCUGGAAUCUAGUAAAUUGUUGUGUUUUCAGGGUUCGUGCAGAGUCUUGAAUUCUUGAAAAAUCUUGAAAUUUGCUCAACAAUUUUCCAGACCUGGAAAAUGUCUGGAAAAUACAGAUAAAGUCUUAAAAACCUGUACGAACCCCGUGUUUUGUUGUUUUGUGUUUUCUCAUUUUUCUCUUCACAAUAGCGGUUCGAGUCAUAAAUAGGGUGGCGAGAAUUACAUAUUUUGUUUUGAAAUAGUAUUAGGACUUCACAACCUUUGCCUUACACUCCCACCCAAUUUUUUUUUCGACAAAUACUCACCCCGCUGCUCGUGUGUAAGCCUAUUGGUUUAGUGCAUCAGUCAAAGCAAAUUUCUCUGUCUUCUUUGUUUCAUUAACAGGUUGGCCCUGGUGAUGAACCUCGUAGAGGGUACAUCCUGACCUUUUUAAUCGCUGGUGCCUUUAUAGCUAUUGGAGAGCUGAAUGUCAUUGCUCCAGUCAUUUCAAAUUUCUUUCUUAUGUCUUAUGCGCUCAUUAACUAUGCGGUGUUUGCGGCCUCUCUCGGGAAGUCACCUGGAUGGCGGCCCUCAUUCAAGUGGUACAACAUGUGGGUGUCCCUGGUUGGGGCCUUGGUUUGUGUUGUCAUCAUGUUCCUCAUCAAUUGGUGGGCCGCUCUGGUGACAAUUGUCAUCAUCAUUGCGUUGUACAAGUACGUGGACUACAAGAAACCCGAGGUUAGUUUUUGUUCACGAAUAAAUCCUUUGCCAUUUGCACUUUUUAAGGGAAUUCAAGACAGUCUUGGAUUCUGAUUUCCACACCGUGGAUUCCGAAUUCUUUGUCAGUGGAACUUACAUUGUAGUUUCUGAUUAUUCCAAUCGUUAGUGUGAUUCCAGAAUUCCUUGAGCUGUAUUAGGGAUUCCAAAGCCCAGGAUUCCGGAUUCUACACAGAAAAACUUCCCAGAUUCCGGAACAAAAUUUUGGGGAUUCCGGAAUGCGGAUUCCCUUUCAUAGGGCGAUAUCUUACACUAGAAAUAAAUCCAUUUGCUUCUGAACAAGUAUAGCUGGUGGUAAUAUGCUGAUUUAACAACAGAACGGGAACGUCAGUUGACGCCGGGAAAGCGCGCGGAAAGGACUAAACGCGACUUCCGGUGCCCAAUUUGCCGCUCUGCGAUUGGUCAAGCCAGUUGUUUGAUUUGCGCGCUCCGUCGUCAAUUGACGUUCCCGUUCUGUUGCUAAAUUAACCGAAUAUUCGCUUCGUUGAAGGAUCCAACAGGAGUGGUUUAGUUCAGACUUCGUCUCAAAGGCUCCUAUUCCCAAAAUUUGUUUAAUGGUAGCGAAUUCUUUGGUGUCGAAUACCUCACCCUUGUAAAAGAACCACUAGCGAACCUAACAAAGUCUUACAGUGGCCAGGUUGUGGGAGUUGUGCCGGGGUACCUCGCGGGGGACUUAUGAGUCCGAUUCCGACUCGUGCCUACCCCCAUUGGCUAGGCCUGGGCCUAGUAAAGCCGAAUUUGUCCCUCUCUCCACGGUAUAGAGUGUUUUCACAUGACGUCACGGCGGCCAUAUUGGUGUCCCAAAACAAUGAAACGGCGGCCAUGUUGGUGUCCCAAACCGGUCCUCUGGGAGUUGAACUCUUUUCUUAUGCAAACGCUUUCUUUUGUUCCAAUAAAUUUGCAUAUAUGUUGGCCACGUGAGUGAAAACACUCUAUAAUUCCCAUUAAAGCGGCUGUUAUCUUUUUACCUCCUUUGUAGGUUAACUGGGGCUCUUCUGCGCAAGCCUACACGUACAUCCGCGCCCUUCGUUUUACGUAUCGUCUCAAUGACGUGGAAGAUCACGUGAAGAACUUCCGUCCCCAGUGCCUCGUGCUUACGGGGAGUCCCUCGUCUCGUCCCGACCUCGUUCAUUUGGUAUCGCAGAUAACCCGUAACACGGGCUUAAUGGUCUGUGGUCAGGUCAAGAUUGGCCCCUUUGGCACCGUCUCAGGUUAUGAGGAUCUCUGGCUAAAACAGCGCAAAAUCAGAGCAUUCCAUACGAUUUGCUCAGGUAACUUAGAAACUUCUCUCACAUUGGGAUUGAGUGCCAUUUUUCUACCACACGACACCGUAACAGCACUUUAUACACGAGAACUGUCAACAUCAUUAAAGUUUACAAUGGACAAAGGAGACUUGAGAAAAACCGUCCUAAAUCUAGAACACUUCUGUCAAAAAACGCAUUCUUUUUUGUAGCAAAUUAAAAGCUACUUAUUAGUUUUUGCCGACUACAAAUUCAAUGCAAUUGAAAGCACCGGUUAAAACUUUCUUGAAUCCUGCGUAAAAAAAUACACUGUUUUAGUUUUCCGUUACUGAUUUUCAUUUCGUUAAAGCUCGUUUAAUUUAACAUGUUUGUUGAUGUGAAGGGUAUAUUAGUAGGGGGUAACACGCACAGUCCCCGAGAGGCGGAAUAGCGAGAAGACACGAGAAAUGAGGGUGCUGAUGUAAUUUACUCUUCUUUCCUUAGCGCCCAGUUUCCGAGAAGGUGUACGCAUCAUGCUGCAGACGGUAGGCCUGGGAAAGUUGAAACCUAACACGCUUGUGCUGGGAUUUAAGCGAGACUGGAAGAUGCUGUGGAAGAACCCUUCGGGAAGAGGCGUCGUGGAGGAGUAUGUGAAUGUGGUCCAUGACGCUUUUGAGUUGGACUACGGUGUGGCAAUUUUGCGUUUGAGAGGUGAGCUUGAUUUGCAAGAGCUUUCAAAGUACCAAGUUGAAGACUGGCUGGCUAUGGCGGACGAUGACGAAGCGCCGAUAGAACACAUUAUGUCAGGCACGAACUUCAACGAGAGGACGGAAGACACCGAGUUUGGUCCGAGCCAUGAAGAAGAGUACCAGUUGGAUGCUCUUAAAGAAAAGACCACGGAGUUAAACAACGGGGAGAAUUUAGGCAGCAGCGAAACAGAGAACUUGGUUGACGCGCAAGAGAAGACCGAAGUCAGUUCAACUAAAGACGAACAACAAAGUCCACAAGUUGUGAAGAAAGGAAAAUUUAAAGUCACUGUCAGUAAAAUGCCAGGUGAAGAUGAAGGAUCCGAAGGAAAAGUCGAUGAGACGACCAAGCUAACGGAUCCUGUGGAGCCGCAAAAACCCCCGAGUGAAACUGAAAUUGCUUUUAAAGAAAAACAAAAAGGAACCAUUGAUGUGUGGUGGUUCAGAGACGAUGGAGGCUUGACAAUCCUUAUUCCUUACUUGCUGUCCAUUCACAGUUACUGGAAAGGUUGCAAACUGAGGAUUUUCACGCCAGCGUCGACCCACAAACUGCAAAGCAACGAACUAAGAAUGGCGAACCUGCUGAAGAGAUUCCGCAUUGAUUUCUCAAGCAUUGUUGAGGUCGAAGGAAUCAACAAAGCCCCCUCUAGCCAGAGCAUCCAAACCUUCAUGAAACUGCCCAUAAAAGACGAAUUCACAGACUUGAGCACUCUGGAGAAGGACCGUAGGACCAUGCGUAAUAUUCGCCUUGGCGAGCUCAUCCGGGAACAUUCAAACGAUGCGAAGUUGAUUGUCCUUACUCUGCCCGUCCCCAAGGUGGAGGUGAUGUCACCGUUGCUGUACAUGAGCUGGCUGGAAGUGUUGUCAGCGGCUUCCCCUCCCGUGCUGAUGGUCCGUGGAAAUCAGCAAAGUGUAUUAACCUUUUACAGUUAGUAACGUGAUUUUAUACCGCACCUUAAUUAUAAAAUGAAGUUAAUUGGACCUUGUCGUUUUUCAAUGUUUAACCCAGUGGUUUGGGUUGUUUAGGAUGUUGUAACUGAAGCUCCUUCGCUUUCACUUAGCCUGCGUAGCUGGAGGAAUUGUUUCUGCUCGUGCGAGAGUUUUCGCGGCGAAAGCGAGAGAAAAUUCAAAAUUCUAAUUUCUAAGCGUCUUCUCCCCUUUUUCCGCACGGCUUCGUAACUCCUCUGCCAAAAUUUUGCUCACGCUAAAAUUCCGCUGGCUACGCAGGCUACAUGGAACUUCUUGAGGGCUUCACUAGCUAUCAGAAACCAGAAAUGGAUGAGAUCGGCUGGAAGAUUGAUAGUGGAGUGAGAUGCGUGUUUGUUCCUUGAGGAAGGCUACAAACGUAGUUUCCCAUUUUGCACUGUCCUUAAAAACUAUAUUCACUUAGAGUAGAUAUAUAUUUGUGCCUCUGCAGGGCAGAGCGUUUUUUGUUAUAACAUAAAAGGUUAAAUGAAGAAAAAUGAGCGUUAUUUAACUGAUAAAUAAUCUUACUGAUUCAAUCUCGCAAUAUGGCGAAGCAAGCGUCCUUGUAAUAGUUAAUAUAAUUGGAUUGUCAAUUUUAAAUUGAAAUGGCGUCAUAUCCAUAGUAAAAAUCUUUUAAAUGCUUCGUUGAAAAAUGAUCUGAAGUGUAAAUCAAUUUGAAAUGUACGCGGAU